GUGGAGUCCGACGGUUCGAUCUAAAAUUCCAAGGGGUGAUUGCGUGAAUGAGUCUGCACGGUGUUUUUGUUUUGCUCUGCUUCGGUCGCUGAUUACGAAUACUUGUAGAAUCGAAUGCAGAGUUUGAGAGAACGAGCGAGCGUUAUGGCUCCUGAAGAUGGUGUUGCAGAGGAAGCCGAAAUUGCAGAAGUGGAUAAGAAGCUCAUCUCCAAUAUCGUUAUCGUUAUAGCGAUGCAGACUGAAGCGCUUCCACUUGUGCACCGAUUCCAGCUAACGGAGGAUCCUGACUCUGUGUUCCCUAAAGGGGUUCCUUGGGUCAGAUAUCACGGUAUUUACAAAGAUCUGCAUAUUAAUCUAAUCUGGCCAGGAAAAGAUCCAGUUUGGGGGGUUGAUAGUGUAGGCACAGUUACCGCAUCUCUUGUAACAUUUGCUGCCAUCCAAGCAUUAAAACCAGACCUUGUCAUAAAUGCAGGCACUUCUAGAGGCUUUCAGGCUAAAGGAGCAUGCAUUGGGGAUGUGUUUCUGGCUUCUGAUGUUGCUUUUCAUGAGAGAAGGAUACCUGUACCCGUUUUUGAUGAAUAUGGAAUAGGAGCUCGUCAGACCUUUUCGACCCCAAAUCUGUUGCAGAAACUCAAUAUGAAGACUGGCAAACUCUCUACUGGGGACUCUUUGGAUAUGUCCCCUCAGGAUGAAGCAUUGAUUAUUGCAAAUGAUGCUACAGUUAAAGAUAUGGAGGCAGCAGCAGUGGCCUAUGCGGCAGAUCUUUUCUCAGUCCCAGCAAUAUUUGUUAAAGCUGUCACAGAUCUAGUGGAUGGUGAUAAACCGACUGCGGAGGAAUUCCUGCAGAAUUUGGUGGCUGUGACUGCCACACUUGAUCAGGCAGUCACUAACAUUGUGGAUUUCAUUAGUGGGAAGUGCCUGUCUGAACUUUGAGAUUAAGGUAAAAAGGAAGGUUUGAGGUGAAAAACUGAUGCUUUUUUCUGAUGACAGCCACUAAUGAACAAAAGCAUACUCCAAUAUGAUCCUCGCCCUUUUGAUUAUGUAUCUUUUGGGGGUCCACCCAAAUGUCAUUGUAGUGACCUUGAAUUAAUUUGGUAGUUUCCUGCAUCAUCUCCUGCUAAUACAUCUAUCUCAGCACCCACUUGUGGAUAAAGCUUUAUUUGAGUGAUAUGCUGUGGGUUUCGAUUAUUGUAUUUGAGAAGGUGAGUUAAAAUCUUAAAUUUUACACCUUAUUCAAAUGCUUUCCCAGACUUCCUGUGAAAAUAAUAUACUCCCUCACUUGCCAAAUCAAAUUUUUUUUUCCCAUCAGAUGGCUAUAUAUAAUG